AUGGCAAAUCGCUACCUGAGUCACUCUGGGCGCAGCCGAACUUGGUUCACAAGCUGCGAAGCUUGGUACAAUACAGAAGACGCACGAAGCAGCUACGACGCAGCAUUCGAACACACGAAAAAUGUCAACGAAGCGUCGAUACCUAAGAUCCGGUACUAUCGAGAUAUACAAGCCCCAUGGCUGCUGCAAGCUCAUUCUACGCAUCGUCGGCUGCUACUCGAGCAGACAAGAUGA